UGUGCGGGUAAAUCAACUCAAGAGGGUUAGAAGAAAUGCAACAAACUUCGUGAACAAGAGAAUGAAAUUAGAAAUCGCUGAAAAGGGUAGGUUUUAGGUUUCAUGUUACACCGGAUAUGAAAAUCAACUUUUACAUGUAAUGGUCGUCCUCAUAGACAACAACCCACCACUGUCGGUAGAAUCUGCUUCCUCACUAAAUUACUAUGUAAGUAAUAUGGAAACCUCGGAAGACGAAGAUGAAAUCAGUCCGACCUCAGAUUCUACAAAUAAUUCAAACCGUAUGCGAAACCAUCAAACUGAUAACUUUCACGAUGCCAUCGCUAGCUGGGUAGUAAAUUCAAAAACACCAGCGAUGCACGUAGAUUCGCUUUUGAGAAUUCUACAAACAAAAGCUCCUGAUCUACCAAAAACUUGCAAAUCUUUACUUCAAACACCGAAAAAUGCGUUCAAAAAUAUUGUACCCAUGUGCCAAGGAUCGUACUUACAUAUUGGUUUGCAGAACAUUCUAUACACAUUUUUGAGCACGAACAACGUGAGCUCCAGGAUUAUAACAUUGGACGUUGGGAUUGAUGGCACUCCUUCAACUAACUCAUCAGAUACUGAGCUAUGGCCAAUUUUGGUUAAUGUACUGGGUUUUGAAGACAUCUUACUAGUUGGAUGUUAUUUUGGAACUGGAAAACCGAAAGAUGACGCUGAAAGUCCAGAAGAGUUUCUCACUCCUUUCGUUACUGAAGUGUUAGAAAUAUUGAAAAAUGGUGGGAUCGUUUUUCAGAACGAAUCAUUCGAGUUAAAAUUUCGGGCCUUCGUCAUGGAUACACCAGCUCGCGCGUUUAUUAUGAACACUUUAGCGCACACUGGUUAUCAUAGUUGCACAAAGUGUACUGUAGUUGGAAUGAAAAUAGCAAAUCGUACAGUUUUCCAUGGGGUAGAUUAUGAACUUCGUUCAAAUGUUACUUUCCGGAACCGAACACAUCGCAACCACCACCACUCCGAUGCAAUUACUAUGAUUGAACGACUACCAAUUGAUUGUGUGAAAAUGGUUCCAGUCGAUCCAAUGCACAAUGUCUACAUGGGAGUUAUGAAACAACUCUUACUGCUAUGGAUUUGCCAAAGGAAAAAGCCCUAUAGUAUAUCUGCCAAGAACAUAAGGCUGUUAUCAGAACGAAUUGUGCUCAUUGCGAACCAGUUACCGUCUGAGUUUUGUAGAAAGCCGCGUGCUUUGAAACUUUUAAAGCGUUUUAAAGCAACUGAAUUCCGUCAGUUUGCGUUGUAUACGAUGAUAAUUUUGUUGGAAGGAUUAUUACCCUUAAACUAUUAUAAUCAUUUCCUAAAAUUUCACUGUGCCGUGCGUAUACUUAGUACACCUGAUGAUUGCAUACGAAACAACGCGUUAGCAAAUGAUCUAAUGACCGAUUUCACGUUAUAG